AGGGUCAGCGAGUGGUCUUCUUCAACCUCUCGCUACCUGACCUCCACAACCACGGCGGAACCCAGCGACGGUCCCUGAUCGCCAGAUCUGUUCGCCGGAUGGUGAAAGGUUCCAUUGUUACAACACUUUGGCGGAACGAAGGAGGCCUGAAAGAUUUCAGGGUAGGACACAUUCUACGAUGAUGCGUUUGGUCGACGCCAUCUCCUUUUUUUCUGGAUGCGGUUGUAAACUUGAAAGGGACAUUUGAUCAAAUCGUCUGAAUAAAAAAAUGAAACGUUGUGUUUACAUCAACGACAAUGAUUUAUCUGAAGACCUUUACUGUGACAACCGCAUAUCAAACAGAAAAUAUACUGUACUGAAUUUCCUUCCGAAAAAUCUAUGGGAACAGUUCAGUCGGUUCAUGAACCAAUAUUUUUUGCUGAUUGCAUGCCUUCAACUAUGGCCCCUUAUUACUCCAGUAAAUCCUGCUAGUACGUGGGGUCCACUUAUCUUUAUCUUUGCAGUCUCAGCAUCAAAAGAGGCUUGGGAUGACUACAAUAGAUAUCUAUCAGACAAGAAAGCAAAUGAGAGAGAAGUAUGGGUUGUUAAGCAAGGCAUCAAAAGACAUAUUAAAGCUCAAGACAUUCAUGUUGGUAACAUAGUGUGGCUUCGUGAGAAUGAUGAAGUACCGUGUGAUCUUGUUUUACUUGGUACUUCUGAACAACAAGGUGUUUGCUAUGUUGAGACUGCGGCUCUUGAUGGUGAAACUGAUCUGAAAACCCGGACUAUACCAGCUGCUUGUAUGGGAAUAGCUUCUGAAUUGUUACACAAAAUCAAGGGUGUCAUUGAGUGUCCGAAUCCAGAUAAAGACAUUAGAAGAUUUGAUGCAAAUUUGAGAUUGUUUCCUCCAUUUAUUGAUAAUGAUUUUUGCCCCUUAACCAUCAACAACACUUUACUUCAAUCAUGCUACUUACGAAAUACGGAAUGGGCAUGUGGUGUAGCUGUUUACACAGGAAAUGAAACCAAAUUGGGUAUGAGUAGAGGUAUACCUGAGCCAAAACUUACAGCAGUGGAUGCAAUGAUUGACAAAUUGACUGGAGCAAUAUUUUUGUUUCAAAUAGUGGUUGUUUUUGUACUAGGCAUAGCUGGUAAUGUCUGGAAGAAUACUGAAGCACGAAAGCAAUGGUAUGUUCAAUAUCCAGAUGAAGGUCCAUGGUAUGAACUAUUGGUCAUUCCUUUGCGGUUUGAGCUUCUAUGUUCCAUUAUGAUCCCUAUAUCAAUAAAGGUAUCUCUUGAUCUUGUCAAGAGUUUAUAUGCAAAGUUUAUCGACUGGGAUGUGGAGAUGUAUGACCAAGAAACCAGCACCCCAUCUCAUGCAGCAAACACUGCAAUAAGUGAGGAUCUUGGUCAAGUUGAGUACAUAUUGACUGAUAAAACUGGGACACUUACCGAAAAUAGGAUGAUCUUAAGAAGAUGUUGUAUUAAUGGUAUCUUCUAUGGAAAUGAGAGUGGGGAUGCAUUGAAAGAUGUGGAGCUGCUCAAUGCCGUGUCCAAUAACUCUCCUGAUGUUAUCAGAUUCCUUACAGUAAUGGCAAUAUGCAAUACAGUUGUACCUACUAAAAGCAAAAGUGGAGCUAUCUCUUAUAAAGCACAAUCUCAGGAUGAAGAUGCUCUUGUUCGUGCUGCAUCUCACUUGCAUAUGACUUUUUUCAACAAGAAUGCAAAUAUUCUUGAAAUCAAUUUAAAUGGCUCAAUCAUUCAUUAUGAGCUAUUGGAUACCCUUGAGUUCACUUCUGAUAGGAAAAGAAUGUCAGUGGUGGUAAAAGAUUGUCAGAAUGGAAAAAUUUUCUUAUUGUCCAAAGGAGCUGAUGAAGCAAUUCUUCCAUAUGCAUGUUCUGGACAACAAAUAAGGACUUUCAUUGAAGCUGUGGAACAUUAUGCUCAAUUAGGAUUACGCACUUUAUGUUUGGCUUGGCGUGAAUUGAAGGAAGAUGAAUAUCGAGAGUGGUCUUUGUUGUUUAAAGAAGCAAAUAGUACAUUGGUUGAUAGAGAGUGGAGACUAGCUGAGGUCUGCCAAAGGUUAGAGCAUGACUUAGAAAUACUUGGUGUCACUGCAAUAGAGGACCGUCUACAGGAUGGAGUUCCAGAAACAAUUGAAACACUUAGGAAGGCAGGAAUUAACUUUUGGAUGCUGACUGGAGAUAAGCAAAGUACAGCAAUCCAGAUUGCACUUUCAUGCAAUUUCAUUUCUCCAGAACCAAAAGGCCAACUUCUGUUGAUUACUGGGAAAACUGAAGAUGAAGUUUCUAGAAGCUUGGAGAGAGUGUUACUUACAAUGAGGAUAACUACAUCAGAACCCAAGGAUGUGGCAUUUGUUGUUGAUGGUUGGGCGCUAGAAAUUGCAAUUAAGCACCACAGGAAAGCUUUUACUGAUUUGGCAAUAUUGUCGAGGACAGCUAUCUGUUGUCGUGUGACACCAUCCCAAAAGGCCCAGCUUGUAGAAAUCUUGAAGUCAUGUGACUACAGAACAUUAGCUAUUGGUGAUGGUGGAAAUGAUGUCAGAAUGAUACAGCAGGCUGACAUUGGCGUGGGUAUUAGUGGGAGAGAAGGUCUGCAGGCAGCAAGGGCAGCUGACUAUAGCAUUGGCAAGUUCAAGUUUCUUAAAAGAUUGAUACUUGUCCAUGGACGGUACUCUUACAACCGGACAGCAUUUCUUUCCCAAUAUUCUUUUUAUAAAUCUCUAGUGAUAUGCUUUAUCCAAAUCCUGUUCUCUUUUAUUUCAGGUAUCUCUGGAACCAGCCUUUUCAAUUCUGUCAGUUUGAUGGCUUAUAAUGUUUUCUACACUAGCAUCCCCGUCCUAGUUAGUGUGCUUGACAAAGAUCUCAAUGAAAGAACUGUGAUGCAACACCCACAAAUUCUCUUUUAUUGCCAAGCAGGAAGACUUCUCAAUCCGAGCACAUUUGCUGGAUGGUUUGGGCGUUCUUUAUUUCAUGCAAUUGUUGUCUUCAUAGUCAGUAUACAUGCCUAUGCCUAUGAGAAAAGUGAGAUGGAAGAGGUGGCAAUGGUUGCACUCUCUGGAUGCAUUUGGUUACAGGCUUUUGUUGUAGCAUUAGAGACAAACUCCUUCACAAUAUUGCAACAUCUUGCCAUAUGGGGAAAUUUGGCUGCCUUCUACAUUAUCAAUUUUAUGGUCAGUACCCUGCCAUCAUCCGGAAUGUACACAAUCAUGUUCCGACUUUGUAGACAGCCAUCUUAUUGGAUAACUAUGUUUCUUAUAGUGGUGGCUGGGAUGGGUCCGGUAUUCGCUCUGAAGUAUUUCCGGUACACUUACAGAUCUAGUGCAAUCAAUAAACUUCAGCAAGCAGAACGUUUGGGUGGGCCAAUCUUAUCAUUGGGAAAUGUGGAGUCACAGUCAAGGACUAUAGAGAAAGAUGUAGCUCCAUUGUCUAUAACUCAAUCCAAAAGUCGGAGUCCUGUAUAUGAACCUUUGCUAUCUGAUUCAGCCUCCACCAGAAGGUCUUUGGGAGCAACACCAUUUGAUUUCUUUCAAUCCAGCCAAUCCAGAUUGUCUUCUUCAAGCUAUACAAGAAAUAAGAACAAUUGAGUAUUACAAAAUAUUUAGCAGCGACAACAUCCAAGCUAUUUUGCAGCUACAACUAAACAAAAUAUAGUAUACACAAUUGGAAGGCAUACAUAAAUAGAUGAGAAAAUUUGUAACAAUUGAGUCAGAACUCAGAAGCUAUUCGGCAGCUACAACUAAAUCAUGUACAAAUGAUAACAUGUAUAUGUAAAUGAUUUUUCCUUCUUUUAACUUAUGUCCUAAAUCACACAUACUCCUGUAUCUCCUACAAAAUUGUCAACUCCUAUUCAGUUUUGUAUCUAACUCCUAUUAAUUAGGGUACUUAAUAUUUAAAUCAUUACCAUUUUCCAAUGUUUCAUAAGGUA